UUGUAGUGUGUCAGCGUACGCACAGUUGUGUGUGUGUGUGUGUGUGUGUAUGUGUGUGUGGGUUCGUGUGAACGUGUCUGUCCUGUCAGACAGCUGUCUUGUGUGUCUGCUAGCCGGAUCGAUACAGCAGCAAUUAGUCAGCUCCAAUUAGUUCCCAUCAACCGCUCAGUCAGUGAGUUCAUCUGCUGCUGCUGUCUCCUCCGACAACAGCAGCUGGCAUGUGUGAGUAGAAAGCCCGCCAGGCUCACCCACAGCACCCAGAGGUGUCUCCAAACAUGGACAGGAUCGGUGUGUCAUUCCUGGACCCUUUAGAGGACUACGAGUUAAUUCACCGGAUUGGGUGCGGAACCUAUGGAGAUGUGUUCAAGGCUCGCAACAUCAGGACGUCUGAAUUGGCAGCUAUCAAGAUCGUCAAGCUAGACCCUGGUGAUGACAUAACGUCCAUCCAGCAGGAGAUUACGAUGAUGAAGGAGUGCAAGCACAAAAACAUCGUGGCCUACUUCGGCAGCUACCACAGGAACACCAAGCUGUGGAUCUGCAUGGAGUACUGCGGUGGAGGGUCACUUCAGGAUAUUUACCACGUGACGGGCCCAUUAAAGGAGAAACAGAUAGCAUACGUGUGCAGAGAAACCCUCCAGGGUCUGUAUCACCUGCAUGAAACGGGCAAAAUGCAUAGAGACAUAAAGGGAGCCAACAUCCUUUUGACAGAGCGAGGAGAUGUGAAACUGGCUGAUUUUGGAGUGGCGGCAGAGAUCAGUGCCUCCGUAGCCAAAAGGAAGUCUUUUAUAGGAACUCCCUACUGGAUGGCUCCAGAAGUGGCUGCCGUGGAGAAGAAGGGUGGAUACAACCACCUGUGUGAUAUCUGGGCUGUUGGCAUCACUGCCAUCGAGCUGGGUGAGCUCCAACCUCCCAUGUUUGACCUCCACCCAAUGAGAGCACUGAUGUUGAUGUCCAAGAGCAACUUCCAGCCUCCAAGACUAAAGGAUAAAACCAAGUGGUCUGCAGCUUUCCAAAGCUUUGUGAAGAUGGCUCUCAUUAAAAAUCCUCGUAAAAGGCCCUCAGCUGAGACACUGCUGCAGCAUCCAUUUGUGACACAGCUGCUGACCCGCAACCUGGUCAUUGAGCUGCUGGACAUGGCCAACAACCCUGAGCUCCACCCCACCCACUCACACAGCAUGGACGACAACGAGCUGGAGAUUGGGGAAGUUGCUCCUGACAAGAUCCAGUCAGCAGGGAAACACCUGCCUGUAGAGAGGACCCUGUCUGAAGAGCAAUUUGACCAAGUGAAGUUUGGGCCUCCGCGGAGGAAAGUCACAGAGCCUUAUCCUGAUUUGCAGGGCUCUUAUGAAGAUGACUGGAGUCUGUCUGGAGAUGAAGACAACUCACCGAGCCUGUUGGAAUGUGUGGAGCAAGCUCUGCAGCUGAGGAGUUUAACCAUUAGGAGGGCGCCAUCUACUGAUGGAGGUAGGAAGAGUGGUUUGUUCAGUCCAUCUACAGCCUCCCUGCCAGCCUUCAGCUCUUUAGCUCCCAACGAAGAGAACAGAGACCUGACCCUUAGACCGAGCUGUACACUGGGCCCUGAUGCUGCCAUCACUGCUGACUCCACCUCCACUACAGUACUGGCCAGGUGCUCAGCCACACAGGACAUCAGACAGCGCUGCAGUGAUCCAUGUCUGCCUGUGGCGGACGCUGUAACAGCAGAGAAGACCAAGGUUACCACUGUUUGCUCUCCAAAAAGAGAGACACCACUGUCACCUGAAUGGAGCACACUGAGGAAAAAGCCCGAAGACUCUAGGGCUGUUUGUCAUGGACUUCCUCCUACCCCUCAAGUCCAUAUGGGAGCCUGUUUCUCUAAAGUCUUCAACGGCUGUCCUCUUAAAAUCCACUGUGCUGUCACCUGGAUUUUACCCAAGACAAGAGAUCAGUACCUUAUACUUGGGGCCGAGGAGGGCAUCUACACACUGAACCUUAAUGAACUUCAUGAAGAUACACUAGAGAAGCUGCUCCCUCAGCGAUGUACGUGGCUGUAUGUUAUGAACAACGUGCUGAUGUCUGUAUCAGGGAAGUCUUCCCAGCUUUACUCCCACAGUCUGACGGCUUUGUUUGAACCGCGAGGAAAUGUCCAGAAGAAACACAGCAGUCUCUCCCUCAGCACCAACCGCUUCACUGAGAGGAUCAACCCCAGAAGGUAUGCCAUAUCUGUGAAGAUUCCCGACACUAAAGGCUGCAGGAGAUGUAGUGUAGCAAGAAACCCAUACACAGACAGUACAUUUCUAUGUGGGGCAGUUCCAUCGGGCCUGGUGCUACUGUUGUGGUAUGAGCCUCUGCAGAAGUUCAUGCAUCUAAAGCACAUAGCGAUUAGGCUACCAGACACUCUGCCUGUAUUUGAGCUGCUGGUGUUGGUGACAGAUGAGUUUCCCCAGCUGUGCGUCGGAGUGAGAGACUGUAGUAAUGGGAAAGGCCCAAACAGCCAACAGCUCAAGUUUGAUAUUAUUGAGCUGAACAGCACGCCUAUUUCAGCACCAGAUAGUGGAGCACUCAUGGCAGUACAGAUAACCCAACUGGACAGAGACACUGUUCUCAUCGCAUUGGAAAAAACUGUCAAGACUGUGAACCUCCGAGGGCUACCGUCCAAAGAGCUGGCUGCUGAAAUGGUCUUUGACUUCCCCAUUGAAACUCUAGUCUGCCUACAGGAUAGUGUGCUGGCGUUCUGGAAGCAUGGCCUUAAAGGGAGGAGCUUUCAUUCAAAUGAGAUAACGCAAGAAAUUACAGAUGAGAGUCGAGUAUUCAGAGUUUUGGGAACAAACAGAGACAUCAUCCUUCAGAGCACACCCACAGAUGACCCCUCCGCACUGAGCAACCUGUACAUCCUGACUGGACAUGAAAGCAGUUACUGAGAGGCACUGGAUCAGCCUCUUCAAAAGUGCUGAAGAGAAACGCAGAUCUGUUCUAUAACCCUAUGUUGGAAACAUUGUCCCCAUUGACUCAAGCUGUAGCAGACACCAGCGCCAACUCUCUGCUGUGUAUGACAAAUGUCAGUGUGGAAUUCAGUUGCCUGUCCAGACUCAAACUGUAAGUUGUUGUGGAACACAUGUAUAAGAGACUUGUCAACUUGCUAAGUAAGUUUCUCUCUUGGGUUUUCUAAUUAAAGUUGUAAAAGUCAAGAUUUUCCUGUAAAAACAAUUCAUGUUAGCAGCCUAAAUCACAGUGUGACUGCAGCAGGGAAAACAGUUCCAUCCCUGUUCAUUUAGAUGCCAUAGAUCUACUGUUGUCUGUAUGGACUGUAGACUGUAGAUAAACACGAAUAUAACUUUUGUGACAUUACACAUACGUUUCUGAACUGACAUUUUGAAGCUUUUAUUUGGGUUUACUGUUUGCUGACGUCUUUGUGUGUUACUGGAACCACAACAUUUGCUCAAAUGUGAUGACAACUGGGAGGAACCAAGGAGGGAGGAGCAAGCUGCAAACACCACAACUGAGUGUGAUGAGCUGAGACUCCUGUCAAUCAAACCUUAAUAUCCCCUUACAAUUAACAAUUCUCAGACUUUUUUCAGUGAUUUCAGUAAAGUCUGACACCAUUUUAGAGCCAGCAUGUAUUGACCUCUGGUGGAACUUCGGUUAGAGACAGUUUGACUUUAGUGUCACCAAUCAGCCAGAGGCUUUGCCUGUUUUGGGUAAAUUUGCAUCAUUUCUCCACACAGUAAUGCUGUGUUCACGUCAUGUUAGAGCUUGUAAAUGUGUUCAUCUGUUCAUGUCAACAUCCAAGUUAUGAUUACGACUGUUAAACUAAGAUUUUUGUAAAAGCUCAGAAAAUUUCCAUGUUGCCACCUUAUGGUACGGAAGCCAAAGGUUGUUGUUAAACCCAAAUUCAAUGGAUAGUGCUAUAUUGUCAAUGCACAGUAUUUUUAGGCCUCACACCACCAACUCUGCAAUCAUAACCAUCCUGAGUUGUCUAAUGACGUGAACACUCCUAAGCUGGUACUCCUUCUCAUCUCUACCAUCCAUCCUACGUGACCUGAAUGUGGCAUAUGUCACCAAGCCAAAGGACUUCUAAGUGAGUUUAAUUACUUCCACCGUUUAGUGUAUCGGUUAAAGGAAUACUUGUUUGUUUUGAAUAAGAAACAUUCACCGCUAUGGACUUGAAAGGUGGCUAUGUAAAGUUGUAGGGAGGACAGCAGCUGUAGUCGACGUGUAAUAUAACAUUACCACUCAUAAUGAACAUUUAGAAAUUCACAUCUGAUGGUUGAUACUGUAUGUUGUAUGAAGACAGAUGAAAGAAACCUACUUUUAGACGAUACAUUAUCUGGUUGAGGCUAGUUUAAAAAGCGGACAGGGCUUCGGCUCUAUACUGUUUCCUAUGAAACCACAUGUCAGUGAUUGUCAACUUUAAUGUUACCAACAGUGUGAAUCAUAGGAGUGCCAUAAUUGCUACAGUGAACAAAUUGACUGGAAUUAAAAGAAAUGAUUAGGUCUUAACAAUUUCAAGCUUAUUUGCCGAAGACGAGAAAAAAUUCCUGUUCUGUCAGCGAGGGCUGCGUGAGAAACGCCAUCGUCAGGCUAAGCCAGUCGGAGACAAAGUAGGGCAGGUCAUGCUUUCGCCAUAGUAGGAUUCACAAUUUCACGAUGAGACCAAAUGUACAAAUUGGUAGCAACAUGCAGGAGUUGAAUACGGACACAGGCACACAGUUGACUGACAUCUUGGCAAACGCAAUAGGGAAAAGAAUAAGGAAAUAAUGACAUUAUCUAAAAAUAAUUUAAAAAUGUAUAAUUUAUAUGCAAAAAUAUAUUAUUAUUCUUUAUUAUUAUUAUUAUUAUUAUUAUUAUUAUUAUUAUUAUUAUUAUUUGUCUUUCAAUUUCCACAUUCUUUUAUUUACGUAUUUAUUCUUUUUUAUGCCACUCCUAUGACUCCAUUGUAACCAAGUUGGCUCAUCAAAUGUAUACUUACCCAACACCAUGUAAUUCUGAAAAUCACAAAUGUAUUUUAAAGAUUGUGAAUGUGAAUUUACAUUAUGUGUGACCGUGUUAAGAGAGCUUCAGAACUGAGAAAUUUUUCAGAAUAUAAAGGGUCCUUCCAUUGCAGGCAGUUACCCAUUGGUGCCAAACACAGCUUUAACUGAACUUAUACAUAGGCUACAUUUGAUUACAUGAGGUGCCAUAGAAACUGAAUGCAGUUAAGAUGUAGCCUUCUUCUUUGACUAAAAUGUAAAUUCCACUACAUUAGAGUGUUGUGUGUAAUGCUAUUUAUGGUAUUUAUGGAAAGGGGACUAUAAAAGCACUCACCUUUCCCUGAGAGAUACUUGAAUGACAUAAUAUGCAUAUGGUUAUGGCUAAGAUUUUUUUAUUGUGCUUGUGUAUAACUUGUAUAUAAUAAUAAAGUAUGCUCUUACAUUAUGGAGGCGUUGUAAAAUGCGAAAUAGAAAUCUUUGUCAUCAUAGAUUCACAAGAUGUCAGAAACGGUCAUAGCAGUUUACAUAUGUUUGGUCAUCUUAACUGGGGAAACUGAUACUGAUGAUCCUUAAUAAAAAAGUUAUUGUACAUGUGACAUACAAUAAACCAAAAUAAACUUUAUUUUUCAUUUCUGAACUGAAA